UUUGUGUGUGUUUUCUUUCUGCCAUAUAUAGGGGCAAACUUGCUUCAAGUUGUGCUUGUCUGUUUUAUAGUCAGUGAUCUAUCUGCAAACCUCUGUUUCUUUCUAUCUUUCCUCUACAUGAAGUCGUUGAGAGCCUCAGGACUAUAAGGAGCUCUGCAUUCUUGGCCUACAUCAACUAAAGUUGGAAGAAAUUACAGAGCCUUUGAUUGAUAUAUUUUCUCCUAUUGAUUUUUAAAGCUCUUUUGAGUUGCUGGCAAACAUGGAAGGAAUGAAUGACGUUCAUGAUGAUGGCUCCUUCAUGUUCACUUCAGAGUCGGUGGGAGAAGGGCAUCCAGAUAAAAUUUGUGACCAAAUCAGUGAUGCAGUCCUUGAUGCACACUUGAAGCAGGAUCCGGAUGCUAAGGUGGCCUGCGAGACAGUUUGUAAGACUGGCAUGGUACUCCUUUGCGGUGAGAUCACAUCUCGGGCCAAUGUGGACUACCAGAGGGUUGUACGUGAUACGAUUAAACAUAUUGGUUACGACAACUCUGAAAAAGGUUUCGACUAUAAAACCUGCAAUGUGCUGGUGGCUCUGGAGCAGCAGUCUCCUGAUAUAGCACAGGGCGUCCAUAUUGACAGACAUGAGGAAGAUAUUGGAGCUGGAGACCAGGGACUCAUGUUUGGUUAUGCCACAGAUGAGACAGAAGAGUGUAUGCCACUCACUAUCGUCCUCGCUCACAAACUCAAUGCCAAAAUGGCUGAGCUGCGGCGGGACGGGACUAUUCCAUGGCUCCGUCCAGACUCGAAAACCCAGGUCACUGUGCACUACAAGCAGCUGAAUGGAGCUGUGAUUCCUUUGCGUGUUCACACAGUGGUCAUCUCUGUCCAACAUGACGACUACAUUUCACUAGAAGAACAGAAACGCAUUCUGAAGGAGAAGGUCAUCAAGGCUGUGGUGCCUGCAAAAUAUCUUGAUGAUAAAACCGUCUACCACCUGCAGCCAAGUGGCCGCUUUGUCAUUGGAGGGCCUCAGGGAGACGCUGGUGUUACAGGAAGAAAGAUCAUUGUGGACACAUAUGGUGGAUGGGGAGCACAUGGUGGUGGAGCUUUCUCUGGAAAGGACUACACCAAGGUGGACCGCUCUGCUGCUUAUGCUGCACGAUGGGUGGCUAAGUCUCUAGUGAAGGCCAAACUGUGCAGAAGAGUUUUGGUGCAGGUGUCUUACGCCAUUGGAGUUGCCCACCCACUGUCAAUCUCCCUCUUCACCUAUGGUUCAUCGGAAAAAACAGAGAAGGAAUUGCUACAGAUUGUCAACAAGAACUUUGACCUCCGACCAGGCGUCAUUGUUAGGGACCUAAACCUGAAGAGGCCAAUCUAUCAGAGCACCGCCUGCUACGGCCAUUUUGGCCGAUCAGAGUUUCCUUGGGAGGUGGCUAAGAGUCUCAAAGUUUAAAAUGACAUGCUCAUCUGACUUCAUCAUUCAGCUGUUGCAACGGAAGAGAAUAUGUUCUCACACCCUUUAUCUCUUUCCUUCAAUGCUCUUCUCCCCAUACACUUCAUUGCAGAUUGGAGCAGGAUACUGUAAAUGUCAUGAUUAAGAAAUUAAGUCCAGCUUUACAUUUAAAAGUCUGUCAUGAAAGGACCCCCCACAAUAAUGACCACAAUAGUUCAAUGUUGAUAACCAUCAUCACACGAGAAAGACUGCUUUUGUACUGAAUAUACAGAUGAAGUCAGAAAUUUACAUACACCUUAUCCAAAUACAUUUAAACCCAGUUUUUCACAAUUCCUGACAUUUAAUCGUAGAAAACAUUCCCUGUCUUAGGUCAAUUAGGAUCACUACUUUAUUGUAAGAAUGUGAAAUGUCAGAAUAAUAGUAGAGAGAAUUGUUUAUUUCAGCUUUUAUUUCUUUCAUCACAUUCCCAGUGGGUCAGAAGUUUACGUACACUUUAAUAUUUGGUAGCAUUGUCUUUAAAUUGUUAACUUGGGUCAAACAUUUUGGGUAGCCUUCCACAAGCUUCUCACAAUAAGUUGCUGGAAUUUUGGCCCAUUCCUCCAGACAGAACUGGAGUAACCGAGCCAGGUUUGUAGGCCUCCUUGCUCGCACACACUUUUUCAGUUCUGCCCACAAAUUUUCUAUCGGAUUGAGGUCAGGGCUUUGUUGUGAUGACCACUCCAAUACCUUGACUUUGUUGUCCUAUGCCAUUUUGCCACAUCUUUGGAAGUAUACUUGGGGUGAUUGUCCAUUUCGAAAGACCCAUUUGCAACCGAGCUUUAACUUCCUGGCUGAUGUCUUGAGAUGUUGCUUCAAUAUAUCCAUAUAAUUUCCUCAUGGUGCCAUCUAAACUCAGCAAAAAAAGAAAUGUCCUCUCACCUUCAACUGCUUUUAUUUUCAGCAAACUUAACAUGUGUAAAUAUUUGUAUGAACAUUAAAUGAUUCAACAACUAAGACAUAAACUGAACAAGUUUCACAGACAUGUGACUAACAGAAAUGGAAUAAUGUGUCCCUGAAGGGGGCGGGGGCGGGGG